CGCUUCCGUUUGUCUUGAGCACCACACGCAUCUCUCGCAGUCCGCAACUCGCAUCUCGCAACUCGUGUCUUCAACUAUGAAACCGUUCACCUGCAUCUUUGUUAUCCUUGCUGCCCUGCUGGCCGUCAGCCAGGCUUCGCUUCAGGGUCUGCUCGGUGGUGGCGGCGGCGGCGGUGGCGGUGGAGCCGGCGGCAUUGGCCAGCUGCUCCAGAGCAAAUUGGGUGGACUCGGCGGAGGACUCGGCGGUGGUCUGGGUGGCGGCAAUGGCGGUGGCUUCGGCGGUGUGCUCUCUGGCAAGCUCGGAGGCGGCGGCGGUGGCGGUGGAUACUCUGGCGCUCAGUCCGGUGGCUACUCCGGCGGUUACUCUGGCGGUAACUCCGGUGGUUACUCCAACGGCGGUGGCUACUCUGGCGGCUACUCUGGCGCCCAGUCCGGUGGCUACUCCAACGGCGGUGGCUACUCCAACGGCCCCGCUGAGAAGGUCAUCAUCGUGAAGGUGAUCAACCAGGGCGGCGCCUCCGCUGGCGGCAACGGUGGUUACUACGGUGGCUCUCAGGGCGGUUCCUCCGCUGGUGGCUGGUCUGGCAACCAGGGUGGUUACUCCUCCGGCGGUGGCUGGUCUGGUGCCCAGAGCGGUGGCUCUGCCGGUGGCUGGAACAAGGGCUGGUAAAUUGCCCAUCCAUUCAAGUUGAAUCCUUCUCCAAGCUGGAGGAUAUCACAAAUUCGCACAGGGAGCCAAAAAAAAGCCAACAAACUGCAAUUUUGUACAAAUUGUUUUUUUUUUCACAUAAUUUUUUUUUAGUUUUAAGCCGCAAUAAAUAAAG